AUGAAAAGAAAGGGAAAGUUGAAGACUUACUAUACUUGGGAGCCUGCCCACUGCUCCGGAUUCUACAUGCAUCUUUCUUGGUCAAUACAGGUUUCUUGUAGAAUUAUCAAGAAUGAUCUUUUUAAGCAGGACUGGAGGUCUAGAACGAGGGUUGAGAUCCUUCAGUAUGUUUCCCUCAAAUGGACACUUGUGCUCCUUAUUGGGCUAAGCACUGGGUUAGUUGGGUUUUUCAAUAACCUAGCUGUUGAGAACAUAGCUGGUUUCAAACUUUUUCUUACCAACAACCUCAUGCUUCAAGAAAAGUAUUAUCAGGCAUUUGCAGCAUUCGCUUGUUGUAACAUGGUCUUGGCUGCUGUUGCUGCUGCUCUUUGUGCCUAUAUUUCCCCUGCAGCAGCAGGCUCUGGCAUACCUGAGGUUAAAGCAUAUCUCAAUGGUGUAGAUGCUCAUUCUAUAUUGGCUCCAAGUACCCUCUUUGUAAAGAUUUUUGGUUCUGUAUUUGGAGUAGCUGCUGGGUUUGUAGUGGGUAAGGAAGGACCUAUGGUACACACUGGCGCUUCCAUAGCCUCUUUGUUUGGACAGGGUGGCUCUCGCAAGUAUCAUUUGACCUGGAAAUGUCUCUGGUACUUCAAAAAUGACCAGGACCGACGGGAUCUGAUUACCUGUGGUGCUGCGGCUGGUGNNNCUCCAGUUGGCGGUGUCCUUUUUGCACUAGAAGAAGCAGCUUCAUGGUGGAGGAGUGCUCUUCUCUGGAGGACAUUUUUCACAACAGCUGUUGUAGCAGUAUUGCUAAGAGGUUUCAUAGAAUUUUGCAAGGGUGGUAAAUAUGGACUAUUUGGCGAGGGAGGCCUUAUCAUGUUUGAUGUCAGUUCAGCAAAGGUGGCCUAUAGCAGCGCUGAUCUACUGGCAGUCAUAUCCGUUGGAGCCAUUGGAGGCAUUUUGGGAAGCCUUUACAAUUUCCUUGUGGACAAAGUCCUUCGAACGUAUAGCAUCAUAAAUAAGUAUGCUUUGAAAUUUCAAUUUAUAAGAUGGUUAAAUUUGUCAUUAUAA